AUGAGUGUAGUCAGAGCAAGACGUACGGUCGACAGUCUUCAGAAGCUCACAGCACCAUGGCUCUCCACUUUGCUCCGUACGGCACCCACGCUCGCCAAAUACCUCAUCUUCCUCGUGUUCCUGCUCAACAUUCGCGCGUGGCCAUUUGCAUGGCACUUCCGUAUCUUCAGGCCAGUUUUCAAACGGAGAUUUGAGCUUCUUUCGGUACGGUUUUGGACGGCUUUCAAGACAAAGGCAGAGAAGGAGAAGGCGGAUGCGAGGUGGUUGGAGUCGAUUACGCCUGUUGGUGAACAGCCGUUCUCGAUGGUCGUGCCGUAUAAGACGUGGGUUGGCAUUGACGACAGUGACUUCAAUGGGCACUUGAGCAAUUCGAGUUACGCGAAGACGCUGGACGCAGCACGCUUCACGACAGCACUCGAGAUGUUUACGGCAUUCUUUAGAGCAGGGGGUUGGAUGCCAUUAGCAGCCACACACUAUCACUUCAUCCAAGAGAUCCCUAUGCUAUCUUCUUACGAAGUCCGCACAAGCAUCGGUGCCUGGGAUCAAAAAUGGUUCUACAUCAUCUCUAAAUUCGUUCGACGAAAACCAAGUGGUGCUGGGAAAAAAGAAGGACAGGCUCCCCCAAAGACUGUCGCAUCUCCCCAAACAGAACCUAGCGCCGAAAGCAUUACGUCUUUACGAACGCCCGGCCCUGACGCCAUAUCCACGACAGUAACCCCCUUCCCGAGCAUCACUCCUACCGCCACCUCUGUCUCCGAGAAUACAGAGCUGGCGCUUAAAGCGGUCUCUGCCGGGCUCGUCGCAUCAGAGGAGCCAGACGGUGCUACGGUGCAUACCAUAGCAGUAUCGCAGAUGUGCUUCAAAGUCGGUCGUAUAACUGUCCCACCAGCCAUCGUCCUCGCUUCCAACGGGUUCUCGGUCCCUCCAGGAGAGGGGCUCGCACCUUACUCCCUAUCGAACCCUCCACCACAUUGGGAUAAGGUCAAGAAGAUUGCAUCGAAGCCUGUUGGAGGGAGUAUGAGGCAGUUGAGGAAUUUCAUGAAGGGGGAGUGGAAGGAUGUUCCGGAGGAGGAGAGGUGGUGGGAAGAGGCGCUUGGGGGUUCUGUGGAAGCGCAAAGGAGGGCGAAUUUGACGGCGAUUGAGGGUUUGAGAAGGGGGAUGGAUGGUGCACGGAUUAUUGCGUAG